AGAGUCCUAGGCUUAGCUGCUGAAAUUUUUUCAUUUUUGGAAAUUCAGAGUUUUUCAAUUCAUCCUCUUAAGGGAUUAAUUUCUACUCUCUGUUUUUCGUUUUAUUACAGACAAUUCUCUCUAUUUUCUCUUCGAUCCUAUCUGAUUUUCUUCUUUUCUCCAUUUCGACGUUGCUCCAAUUCCCAUCGGGUUUGAAGGCAUGCAGUCGAAAUCCGAAACCAAUAAUCAGUUUGAAUCUGAUCCAAAUGGUACUCCAUCCACGAGUAUCUAUUAUGAACCCUGGUGGCGUGGUAUUGGAUACAAUCCUAUUCCGCUACCUGUGGUAGGGGGAAAUUCUUCCAGUUCAACUUCUCUUGAAUUCCCUAAUGGUGGUUCAGAGUCGAACGAUGGCCAGUCGGUGUCUAAUAAUGACGUCAAUGAUGAAGAAGAUGUUUCCAAAGAAGUUCAAGCUACUGGAUCUCCACAUUCUGCUGGAAAUUACAGACAGGCUGCUCAGAAGAUGCAGCAUGUUUCAUCUACUUUUCCAGUAAUGCAUGGUGAAUGUCUGAUGCAGUCGACACAACUCGAACUUGUAGGCCACUCUAUUGCAUGUGCGUCAAAUCCAUAUCAGGAUCCAUCUUAUGGAGGAAUGAUGGCUUUUUAUGGCCAUCAGCCUUUGGGCUAUCCUACGGUCGGAAUGCCACAUGCUAGAAUGCCAUUGCCCAUUGAGAUAGCACAAGACCCCGUAUUGGUGAAUGCGAAGCAGUACCAAGGAAUUUUGAGGAGAAGGCAAGCGCGUGCAAAAGCCGAGGCUGAGAAGAAGUCGAUAAAAGCCAGAAAGCCAUAUCUUCAUGAGUCUAGACACCAGCAUGCCAUAAGAAGGACAAGGGGUAGCGGAGGGCGUUUCACCAAGAAAAACGAAGCUGAUGGAAAGGAGAUGCAUUCUGAUGAAGUAAAUGAGAAUGGUCGCCAUCUGAAUGACGGUUCUAAACAGCAGAAUGGAAGCUCCUUGACGAACAUGGCCUCUGAGUAGCAACCUGCACCAGCUACUGGAGGUGAAUGCCAAGACGCCAAUCAAAAUCCGUGAUGGGGCUCGAUCACUUGGCUGUAGAAGUAAGUACUGCAUCCCUGGCAAGCGCGCUAGGCGGCAAAUCAUUCUUGGCUUUGUUCUGUUCUCAGAGAAUGUGGAAUGAUAUCCAACUUGCAGAGUCUCAUGGCUUCAGAGGAUUCUUUGAAGUCUAUGGAUUUCUUCAUUCCAUUCUCUCUUUCUUUUUGUUUUUCCAUUGUACAGAGUUUAUGAUGACUUAAGUGCAUAGAGUGAAACUAAAUGAAUCAUAAGGCUUAGGAUGGAUAUAUAUUGUGAUUGAAGCUUACUCUGGAUAGACUUUAGA